AUGGGAAAUUGGGAUGCUUUUAUCAAGGAUAAAUCGGACUGGUUUACACCUACAAACGUACCAAAUUUUGCAGGUCGCAGUUCUUACCGUUUCAUGCCUGAUGAUCAUCCACCGAUCCCCCGCAUACAAGAGUCUGAGCGGAAUGGAUUCUCCUUGGAGAACAUCUUGACCAGGAUUUAUGGUACUGCAAACCCUGAGUUUCAAAAUCCUCCACAAGAUUUCGAUGUGACUGGCAAUAUUGUUCUACCAAAGCUUUUUGGAUGGCUAGAGGAUGAUAUUUCUCAUGUGGAAGGCGUCCGUGAGCUGUCUCAGCUGUUGAACAUAGAGCUCUCAGGGUGUAGCCUACUACAGCUUAUUCACAUUGGGUUCAACUUGUAUGAUUAUCAUUAUACCCCUGCAGUCUCACGUCCCCGGCUGGGUUGGAAUAGAAGUAUGUUCCAGUCCCUAACACAACAAUUGGUACGCCAGGACAUCUGCUACUAUGCUGCGUACGUUGCGAUUCGACCAGACCAUGCUUGGAGGUUGAUUGCCUUCCCUUACUAUACUAAGAGUGCCUACCCUGGAGAAGAUACUAAAUUUAUCCAUAUUGAUCUUGCCCUAGCUACCGGCAGAGGUGCGAACGCAGUACAAGGAUCACUCUCAUUUACAGAUGAAGAUGGAGAGACCUGCUCUGUUGUUUUACCUGGAAUUCAUAAGCACCUAGCAAGAUGGUGGGAGAUUAUCUCUACAUCCCCCGAAUCGCAAGUUUUAGGAAACACGGUAGCUGUAUACCCGUGGAUUUGGGAUGAGAGGUGUCGCCAGGAGUUUAAGACGGAUUUUGAAAGGUCUAUCUGUAUGACUGGAGAUGUGCGGUUAACCUUACCCUGCGUCCCUCACGGAUCUGUUGGACCUGCUACAACCCUUAGACGGACAGUGAUGCCUUGGUUCGGUGCAGUCCAGGAUGACCAUGAGCGCCUGGAAACUGCAGAAGCUGGUGUAUGGAGUUCUAUCUCCGACGCCCAUCGAGACCUUCGUCUCUGCACCAAGGAUUCCGUCAGGGAGCACAUGUGA